CACUAAUGUAGGCGAAGACGUGCUGUUUGAGCACCGCUUCGUAGUGUUUUUUGCGCGAGCUUUCGCUCCGGAGCGCUCCGGUGUAACAUCCGGAGAGCCAGCGGGCAAAGCCCCCACUCCGGGCGCGUAUAUGCGCAGCAGCAUCCCUUCCUAUGGGGUGAGCACGGCCGAUGGCUAGUGAGUGGCCUGCCCGAGCCCGAACGAUAAGAACCGACUCGCACCGACCCAGAAACGGCCGCUCUGUCGCCGAAAGCGUCCGCGAACACGACACACGCGCUCGGACCAUUGGCCAUUCAGCAUCUCUGGUCCAGGACCGGACAUGGGCGCCUCGACCCCACGAGUGACAUGAAACGAGUUCGCUUGACAGUGCUCCAGGUGUAGUGAUCCAGUGACAGUGAUGAGACUCUGCCUCUGAGAGACUAACACCGCCAAGAUGAGAAUCAAGAUGCCAGCAGUGCGUAUAGCGCAAGCAGACGCAGACGGGGCGGGCACAGACACCCACCAGGACAUUCUGACUUGCGGAGUGUGCCAGAAGCCUUUCGCCCUCUCCGACAUCGUCCGCUUCAUCCAGCACAAAGUAGCGUCUUGCAACAAAGAAAACUUCGGGCAAUGUUUCGCCGCCGCCGACCGAGAACGAGACAACGACGACGGGGCGCUGCCCCUUUCCACCAUCAACACCCGCCGGCCGAGCAUCUCUGCCCCCAUCUCCGGGAAAAAAGCGUCUGGGAGCAGAGUGCAUACUCCACCGCCAGCUUCCCCCAGACUGCCGGCACCUGGCGAUCUGUGCGUGGACGGCGCCGCGUCCUCCACCCCCAAACGAAGGGCCUCGGCAUCACCGCUCACGUCCUCCAGCAUGGAAGACGGGGAGGACAUCAAGCCCGAUAUCAAGCAGGAGAGGAUGGACACCACGGAGGAGAGCAGUCAGUGCAAGAAAUCGCGGACGGAGUUCGCAGACGCCGAGUCGAACACCACACAUAGUGAACCGAGCAACUACGUUUGUUCUACGUGCAAAGCCAGGCUGCACUCGGCCUGGCGACUAGUCCAGCACGUCCAACAUUCGCAUGGUAUCAAAAUCUACAUCGAAAGCUCCCCCACCAGCAGCAAGAAUAAUAAUCACAGUUCUAGCAGUGCUAGUAGUAGCUCCUCGGGGUGCUCUUCUGGCGGGCCUCCGCCCCCGCCUAGUAUGCGCCACCACUUGCUGCCGCCCCCAGACUUGCAUAACCCUUUUGGUGUUGGCGGUUUGUUGAGAUUACCGCUACCACCACUUAACCACGGUCCAGUUCCUCCAGCUCCACUAUUUUCCCGACCGGAACACCACUAUCGCAUCGAUCAACUUGUUAGUGAGCAGUUUCGGCACCAUGGGUUGAAUUUGGCAGCAGCGGCGGCGGCGGUUGCAGCUCAAGGUGUCCCUCCACCACACACCAGUUUUCCAUCACCUGCCGAGAGGGCGCCUUCCGCGUCUAGUGUUCCUUCAAGGGAACGCAGCACACCUAACCAACCUCUUUCUCUAGAACCACAACUGGAUUUUUACUCGCAGCGGUUGAGGCAACUCGCUGGUACAACCAGUCCGGGAGCGGCUCAGGCGAGCUCACCGUCUCCACGGAAGCACUCACCGCCAUUCGCCAGUCCCUCGCCAUCGCAGCUGCCACCCACGAGUAUACCAAACAACAUCAGCAGCAGUAGCAGUAACAGCAAUAACAACAAUAAUAACAACAAUAGUAGCAAUAGUGGCGGAAGUAGAGCCACAAGUACGUCACCUCCAGCCAAAGAUGAUAACACACAAUUAACAUCAACUCCAAGAUCAGCUUCGACUCCACCAGGCAAACCGGGAUCUCCCCGAAAUUCAAAUUUGGGAGAAGCAGUACAUGCUUGUGAGUACUGUGGCAAGAAAUUCCGGUACCAGAAUAAUUUAGACGCCCAUCGAAGAACACAUACAGGGGAAUUACCUUACAAAUGCACGGUUUGUGAUCAUGCAUGUGCUCAAAGUUCAAAACUAAAACGCCACAUGAAAAUACAUCGAACACCAGAAGAUCGUACUAGUAACGCCGGUUCAGUUGAAACACUCGAUGGUGAUGAAAGUGAAGAAGAAGACGACGUAGAUGAAGAAGAAGAGGAAGAAGACGAGUUGGAAGAAGAAGAAGCUGAAGAUUUAUCUGUUCCUACACAAAUACCUCCAAAAAACGCCAACCAAUCAGCUUCUCUAGUCGGGGAACUAAUGGAUAAGUUUGGUUUAAGUAACAUCGCGCAGUACAGUGAAGCUUAUAAACAAGCCCUUCAAGAAUCAAAUUCGGCCCUUAAACUUCAACUUGCGAGUAAAGAUCGUGAUAAUAACAACAGUACCAGUUUGACAAACCAACUGAAACUUCGCGACGAGUUUGCCAAAAGCCUCCUCCCCGGUCCUCCUCCUCAACCAUUGCCUCUUUUUCCGCCGUUCAACGAUACGUAUGAAGCUACCAAACGGCUCAAACUCGAUUUGGAACGCAACGAUUGGUGGCUUCCUGGCUUACCACGCGAAAGUAAGGGCUUACCUGGCCCUAGUGCCCUCCUCCCUAACCCCCUAAUCAAAAAAGAUACAAACAGACGGAACGAUACUUGUGAGUUCUGUGGCAAAGUGUUUAAGAACUGUUCGAAUUUGACGGUGCAUCGUCGCUCGCAUACGGGAGAAAAGCCGUACAAGUGCGAACUCUGUUCGUACGCUUGUGCGCAAAGUUCGAAAUUGACGCGGCAUAUGAAAACGCACGGCCGGAUCGGGAAGGACGUCUACCGGUGUCGGUUCUGCGAAAUGCCGUUCUCGGUGCCCUCGACGUUAGAGAAACACAUGCGGAAGUGUGUGGUGAACCAGGGCAAGGGUCAUCUGCUUUCUACGAUGCCGAUGCUGAGUGGAGACGAGGAUUCGUCAGCGAGCAUCGCCUCCAAGGAGGCAACAUGACUCUUUCCGUGGGGCGGCAUGAGGCUACCCCCGCCGCCGCCCAGUCUUACGUACUAGUCGCCACGAACUCUUAGGGAAUUGUGAUGAGUGAUGGACACUGUAGGGCAUCGGGAGAUUCCACGCGUGGGGUCUCCCGAUGGACGAUUUAGCUGUGUAUAGUAUUGCGACGAGACGGCCCUUUUUGAGCGAAGGGCCGGAUCGACGAUUGUUCGAUGUAACCGAUACCAAAGCAAUGUUUAACUUUCGUAAUUAUUAUUGAUUAUUGAGUUUAUUAUUGAUUCAUGUAUAUUUGUAAUAAUUAGGUUGUAGGUUGUUGUUUGAGACUGAGGGCCCUGGAUAGCGUGACGUUGCUGCUUCAGGCCGUCUUGGGCCCACUGUACAUUCCCGAUCAUAUCAUUUUUGAUGGCCAGUAGCCUUGACUGUAUAUAAACAGUAUUUAUUGCCGUGUACUAGACCCACUAUACUGUACAAAAUGUCUCUCAUUAAAUUAUUUCCACUUAAUGUAUAGUAUUAUCAUUGUAUAGAUUCAUGUUUUUCAAAGUUACUCUUUAAUGUUGGUGUUAGACAAAUCGAGAAAUUUGCCCCUGUAUGUCAACAGGGUCGUCUUAUAGAUUUAAUUCAGGGUCAGAUUAAUCUAUAGGAGCAUAUCCGCAUUUUCUUUUACAAUUAUUCCGACCAAGACAACCAUCCUAUUCCGUAAAAGAAUUAAAAAAAAAGAAUGUGAUGGCUGAUCUUCAUUUUGUAAUGCAAUACUAGUAAUAACAGUGGACCAGGGUCUGUUCUUGUAGUAUUUGCCGCAAUGCCGGAUUCAAUUCAAUGUAACUGUAACUAUUAAUGUUAAUAAUAUGUUAUUUCGAAUAUUUUUAUUUAUUUCAACGAUAUGGCUGUAGCACUACGGUGUUCGUAUGGGCUGCACUCCACUUAAUAUAAUCGUGUUCCUAUACUGAACUCCCAUUUCAGUGUGUAUUAAAUUAAAUCUAUUACAAUAUUGAA